AUGGGGUAAGUAGAUUGCAUUGCAUGCUUGCUAUGGCAUUACAUGUCAUUCUGUUUCCAGUGACUGUGAUUCUAUGUGAUGUCAGUUAAAUGCAACAGACAGUGAUCUCACACGGGUGAAGAUGUCUGCUAUCAAAGUGAUAGUGUGCGUGCACUGCCCCUCUCAAUGCUUGCUGCCUGCUCUCUAGAAAAGGUAAGAUCUCCAAAGCAUGGCUUUUGCAAUAACAUUUACAGUUUGGAACAUAGACUGCAGACACAUAGAUUGUUGCGAUGUACAAACAAGUCCUACCUAGGCUGUUACUCUGUGUGUGCUGUGUUUAAUGAGCAUUAAUCUGCUACCCCUAGUGCCAUUGUCCCUGGGUGUUCAUUUCAAUGUUAAUAGGUAGUUUGGGCAUAGAAAGUCACUUAUUAAACUGAUUUCUCUCCUGGCUUGUUUGUGGAAUGUAGCACUGGGACACACUGAAGAUUUGGCUGUAGCGCUCUCCUCUCAUCCCAUCAAGUUCCUACCAGCAUGGCAAGCUCUGCAUCUUUCGAGCCACUGAAGUCCCCCUGCCAAAGGCUGGAUGCAAGAAAUGGGGUUUCCUCCACCCCAAAGACCUUGGCUUUUUCCAUUGAAAGAAUUAUGGCAAAGACUUCAGAUCCCAAACCUACUUUCUUUGAACCAAACCCCCAGCCCAUGGAGGCAGAAGCUAAAAAAAUCUUAAAUCUUUGCUCACCUAUUCCAUGCAUGAUCCCCAUCCAAUCUUUGAAUUAUGAUGUGCACUCCAAAACUCUCCUGAAUUAUUCGGAGAUGUGGAAGAACAGUUUAAGGGGGGCUGUGUGCAGUUCCACUGGUUUGUGCAAAUCGAACUGUGGCAUUUGUUGUAAAAAUGAUUUAAAUAUGGGGAACUCUGUUCUUUCAACAAGCAGGGUCAUCAAACCGCAAGUGAUCAAUCAGACUGUUGGGGUACCAAGUAAUGGAUCUUUAUAUUAUUUCAAUUACCUGGAGUCUUCCUAUCACCAUACGGACAUUCUGAACGGACAGUUAAUUCCAUCUAGCAUUUUAAAUGCACAGUCUCCAUCUACCCUCUCUGCUCAUCAGAAAUUGUUCCUGCUAGAAAAUGCUAAACUGAGUUUGGCUGCAGAGAAAUUCCCCAAUCCUCAGUACCCCCAUAAGGAAAGGCUUCCUGGACACUUGGACCAAGUGAUGAAAGAGAAUACAGCAUUAUCAGUGGAGAGAAAUUUAAAAAACAGCAGCAAACUGAAUCCCAGCACAGUAGAUGGAAAACCCAAAAUCUUCACUUGCGAAAUAUGUGGAAAGGUAAAAAUAUAUAUAUAUUUAUCCAAUAUUUAAUGUAAAUGAAAUGAAGAAUAGCAAAUUAGAAAUGUAUAUUCCUAUUUAAAUAAUUCAUAUUCAUUAAUAACAAAUAGCAUUAUUUAAAUUACAAUGGAUUGAGACGAUUAUAAAUUAUCGUAUUUAAUUAAAAGAUAGACAUUUAUCGUUUAUUAAAUAGAGAUAUUUAAAUUAUUUUUAAUAAAAUGUUUUCAAAAUCGCAUGUCCCUUUGUAAGAUUUAGUUUAAUUAUAAAUUUAGAAAUAACUAUAAAAUAAAUAACAUUGUUUUCCUAAGCGCUGAAUGAAACAAUUAAUUUUAAUACAUAUAUUUUUUUUCCCAAUCAGGUUUUUAAUGCGCAUUAUAAUUUAACCAGACAUAUGCCAGUUCACACAGGAGCCAGGCCGUUUGUCUGUAAAGUUUGUGGUAAAGGCUUCAGACAAGCCAGUACACUUUGCAGACACAAGAUCAUUCAUACACAGGUAAACAAUUAAACAUUCAUUUAUUUGAACAUUGUUGAUUUUUUUUUUUUUAUUGAGAUUAUUACUCAGAUGCAUAUAUGCAAAACCUCAUAACUUAAAUAUAUUUAACAUAGUGUGUAUCGUAUUUAUUUUUUUUUUUAGGAAAAACCCCACAAAUGUAAUCAGUGUGGAAAAGCAUUUAACAGAAGUUCCACCUUAAAUACUCACAUAAGGAUUCAUGCAGGUUAUAAGCCAUUUGUAUGCGAGUUUUGUGGCAAAGGAUUUCAUCAAAAAGGUAAUUUGUAACAAUAUCUGCUGUACAAAAUAUUUUACUACUAAUUGAAAAUAUCUGCAUUACUUAGAAAAUCUAUUUUAUUUCAAUUCGUUUCUAAAAUUAAGAUUUAACAAAUUAAACUUUUAUAUUCUAAAAUGCUGCAAAUUCGCAAUUUCUAGAUUUGUGUUAUUUUAAGUUAAACCUUUAUUUUUUUUUUUUUAAAGAAAACAAACUGUUUUUCAUGUUUUACAAUAGAAACUGACCUUGUAUACAUUAAAAUAAUAAAUUGCAGUUCUGUGAUGCAAAUAAGAAUCCGUUUAAUUCCAACUGUUCACUGUGUGUGUGUGUGUAUUAUUUUUUAUUAGAUAUAUACAAAUAAAUAACACACACACUUGUGUUUUCUUUAAUGUAUUUUUUUCAAGCAACAAUUUAUCAAAUUUCCAUCACGUUUUAAACAGCAAUCCCAGGGAUUAAAAAGUUCAAAUCAACUUGUAGCUUUCAAUUAUUUUGCAUGAAUGAAUUAAAGACAUUUUUUCCCUGACAGUAUUAACUAUAUUACUGUGUAUGAGGAUGUGCCAUUUUUAGGUAGAUUUGUUCUCAUUUUUCCGGGUCACAAAACUGGCCUUCCUAUAAUUUUUUAAUUUGUCAGUUGUAUGUUCAAUUAGCUUGAUCCAAAAGAAGUUUGACAAGUUCGGAUUUCAACUUGUAGAUCCCAUCUUAAUGAAGACUUGCAUCAAACUAAAUUUCUGUCUUUUUUUUAAUUUGAAGUGGAUUUUAUGUUUGAUAUAUAUUUUUAUUUUUAUUUUUUUUUUUACACAAGUAUGUUUUUCUAAUUUCUUUUUUUUUUUCUAACUGUAGGUAAUUAUAAAAACCACAAAUUGACUCACAGUGGAGAAAAACAAUAUAAAUGCACAAUUUGCAAUAAAGCAUUUCACCAGAUUUAUAAUUUAACUUUCCAUAUGCACACACAUAAUGACAAAAAACCAUUUACCUGUGGCACUUGUGGAAAAGGAUUUUGCAGGAACUUUGAUUUGAAAAAGCACGUGCGGAAGCUACAUGACAACGUUUUAACAUCUUGUUCGCUGAAAGAAAUCUCCAGGACUGCACAGAGCUAGGGACCAUUUGUCUACAGAGUGACAACACUGUGACUAUAUACAUCGCGUUCCUUACCGGAUGAUUGGACUAAGAGCACCUGUUUUUCAGAGAUUCUACAAAACGAACGCUGUGAAACAUUUAAAUAUAUUUUGUCUGAUCAGAUAUGGUAAUGUUACCCAAGACAUAAAGAGAUUCAAAUCAAAAAUCGUUUAUAUAAAUAUAUAUUGUGUUUAAUCAAAUCUUUAAAAAAAAAAGUAAAAUACCAGAUGGACUUUAUACAUUUGUAAAAAUUAAGAAUCUAAUGUACAAUUGAUU